AUGGGGUAUUUGCCAAAUCUCCGUGGGAUCUUGCCUGCCCUCUGCCUGAUUGUGGGCUUGGCGGUUGCGGCUCAAGGGCACCUUGUGCGUCACGACACCACUUUUGUUCCCGACUAUACUCUCCGAGUGACCGCUCAAGACUAUAGCCAAGCAUGCUUAGAGCGGUAUUCUGUCCUAGUCAAUGGGUCUUCUCCUGGUCCUGAAUUACGUCUCCAGGAGGACAAGGUGAGCUGGAUCCGUGUUUACAAUGACAUGGAAGACGCGAAUGUCACAAUGCAUUGGCAUGGUCUAUCCGCUUUCUCAGCACCCUUCUCCGAUGGUUCACCCAUGGCCAGCCAAUGGCCGAUCUCUCCUGGAAGUUUCUUUGAUUACGAAGUUCGCCCGGAGGUCGGCUAUGCUGGAACUUACUUCUAUCAUUCGCAUGUAGGUUUCCAGGCGGUCACCGCUGGGGGUGCGCUCAUUGUGGAUCCGGCUCAACCCUCGCCGUACGAGUACGACGAGGAGCGCGUGAUUGCUUUGACGGACUUCUUCGAAAAGACCGACCAAGAAGUCGAAGAUGGACUCCUCUCAAGCAACUUCACAUGGAGUGGAGAGACAGCCGCUGUAUUGGUUAACGGCCAAGGACGACUGGCUACAAAUGCCACCGGAGAGUGCAAACUGGCUGCUAUCAGCGUCGAGCCUGGGAAGACUUAUCGACUGCGAUUUAUUGGAGCCACGGCGUUGUCUUUUGUUUCACUCGCUAUCGAGGGCCACACCGCGUUCGAGAUCAUCGAAGCGGACGGCCAUUAUACAAAGCCAGUGAAGACAGACUAUCUGCAAAUUUCUUCUGGCCAACGAUACAGUAUACUUCUCAAAGCCAAGACCGAGGCUGAGUUGCAGGAGGCAAACUCUCGACAAUUCUAUUUCCAAAUCACUACCCUCGGCCGACCAACUGUCUUGACGACUUUUGCUGUUUUGGAAUAUCCGUCAUCCACCCCGGCUGAUCUGACGACUGUCCCUACUCCUCCUCCUCUACCCGUAGCCAAUGUCACCUAUGGCUGGAUGGACUACGCCCUAGAGCCAUACAGCCCCAGCUCCGACUUCCCAACCGCCGCAGAAGUCACCCGGCGUAUCGUCAUCGACGUUCACCAGAAUAUCAGCACUCAUACAAUUUGGCUCCAAAGCGGGUACGACUGGAUGGAGACCUUCCCCCAAUCACCAUACCUUGUCGAUAUCUACACGGGUAAACUGGACCUUGCAGCCUCAUACGAGCGCGCCAUUGCGAGCGGAUACGGGUUCGACAACGAAACCCGCCUCUUCCCAGCGAAAAUGAACGAAGUCCUCGAAAUCGUCUGGCAGAACCAAGGUGCCGUAAACAACGGUGGUCUUGAGAACCAUCCCUUCCACGGCCACGGAAGACAUUUCUAUGAUAUCGGAGGUGGUGAUGGUCUCUACGACCCCGAAGAAAACGAGAAGCGUUUGAACGGAACCCAUCCUGUAAUCCGGGAUACAUCCGUGCUAUACUCGUAUAGGAAGAAAACGACGGCUCUGACGCCGUCGGGAUGGAGGGCUUGGCGAGUUCGAGUCACAAACGCCGGUGUCUGGAUGAUGCAUUGCCAUAUUCUGCAGCAUAUGGUCAUGGGGAUGCAGACUGUCUUUGUCUUUGGCGAUGAAGCGGCUAUCGAGGAGCAGUCCGGCCCGGUUGAAGGAGGCUAUUUGACGUAUGGUGGAUCCGCGUAUGGAAAUUCUACCUUCAGCCCGAUGGUACAGCACUUCUAUUGA